AUGAUCUCUUUUAGUGCACCCCAUCGACAUCGAUCCUUUGAGGAUAUGGAAAGAUCUAUUGCUAAACUGCUCUUGAAAAAUGGCGGAUUGCAUCUACAGAACUUCAUGGCCGCUGUCAACGGACUUUCCCGAGCAAUUGUUGAUAUCAACAGCUUGUUUAUCUAUUCUAAAGUAAUCAUUCAUGUCCGACUGAUAACCGUCUUCUCCUCGUCCACGGAUCAUGUAUUGCAAGUAUUUGACGAGUUUAUGUCAACGAUGGAUGUUCCCUUUGAACGACGAAUAGGGAUUGAUCGUCCUGAAAAAGAGCUUCCUUGUAGCUCAAAGGAUCACAGCCAGAUUUCUGAAGGUGUUCUCGAUUUUAUUUCAUAUUCUUCGGAUUCUGAUUCUCCUCUGUCUCGUUGUCUGAAAAUUAUGCUAUCACAAGCUUCUCCUGUAUACUCUCCCAGUGUGACUGACGAUCUCUCGAACUCUGAGGACCUAACCUGGAUUGCUGGAAAUACCAACUUCCAAGAAUGGUUGAGCGCCAAAAAUACAAACAUUCUCCAUAUGCAUGGCAAUUUUGAUGUUUCUCGGUUUACGAAGUUCCUUACACAGCAAAUUGAAUCCUGGAAAGAUGCACCAACCGACACCUCUGUUCUUUAUUUUGAAUUCAGGAAGCAUGACUCACGGUACAACAAUUUAAAGUCUAUGUUCUACACGUUCUUGGCACAAUUAAUUAGUCACUAUCGCGAGUGCUCUGAUGGCCUUAACAAAAAUCUUGAAAGAUUCCUGAAUUUCCAUAGCUGGACCAAUCAACAUCUACUCAAUUUCAUAUAUUUUCUGCGCAUCGACAAUUCGAUAGACAAUGUGAGGUUCAUUAUCAACGGAAUAGACGAGUGCGAAGAAGAUUGUGGGUGGUUUUUGGCCAAUCUCGCAUUUAUUUCCAAAACUUCUGAAACUCCAUUCAAGGUUAUUGUCACGAGCAAAAACCAUCAGCCAAUUCUGUCCAAAUGUUUAACUAUAAAUAUGGAUCAACACAAGCCCAAUUCAACUCCUCAGCUGAAAGCACCAUCUGCAGUAGCAUAUGCAUUAUUACGAUUAUUUCAGGAGCGCCCACAGUAUUGUGAUCUCGAAGCUUCGCUAAGAGAGAUACUCAGUCAAGCUAAUGAAGACUACGUGUGUCAUUUGAUUUUAGACUGGCUUAGGUUUAAGCCUCAUUCAACAACAAAAUCAUGCUUGAAAGAAAUUUUGCGAAAUCUGUCGGUUGUCACUCCAGAACAUAUCCUCACAGUAAUCAUGCAUUCGGUGCCUGCAUGGAGACAGCCUUGGGCUCAAAAGAUCCUCCAAUGGGUAACCUACUCCCACCAUCCUCUGACAACUUGGGAGCUUCGGGGAGUUAACGUUAAUCUUGAUGCGGGAGUUUUAGAUCAGGAGGAAUGCACGGUGGAAGAACUUAUGGAAAAGCUUCAUGAGACAUUUGGUGGCAUAUUGGUCGUAGAGAACAACGAAGUUUCAUAUCGUCACCCAUUUAUAAGACACUUCUUUACGACUUUGGCUCCUACAAAUGCAUGGUUUUAUAGCGGGAGCCGAGUAAGAUCUCAUAAGAAUAUUGCAAUCUUCUGCCUUGGGUACUUGUCUUUAAUCGAAUCUCAAAAACGCGCAGCAGCGUUCUAUCGUGUCGAUCUCCAUGGAGGUCCGCACGUAUGUCCAGUAUCUGAUUUCAGACAUGAUCUUAUCUCAUACGCCACGAUUCAAUGGCCAACUCAUUGCAAGUUUGCUAUCUCAGAAGGACUAGAAUCAAGUGAUCUACUUGUUGCGGUUGAGACGUUUCUAGGCCAAACAGAGACCAGGGAUAUUUGGGCGGAGACCUACCACAUUCUAUCGCAUCCUAUUACGAGGCCCAAAGCCCCUCUAUCAACAGCUUUCGUGAUUCUGAGCUCACUAGGACUCAAUACACUUAUUGCUCCGAUAAUCCAUAAAAACAAAUACUCACAAGAUCUACAUAAUGAAUACGAUGCGGCCUUGGUCGAAGCAGCGCGUCAUGGUCAUGAGGAUACUCUAGAAAUUCUUUUAAACAGCUUCAGUCCGACCAAACCUACACUUGAACUAUCAAUUCGCUCAGCGGACUACCGCGUCUUAUUUACUCUUCUUAAAUGUACCUCGAGUUUAUCUGACAAAUAUGAUUAUUCUACCGAACUUUUGUGCAGAGCGGCUUGGCUCGGACUAGACGAUGCCGUAGAAUUUCUCAUCGGAAAAAGUGUCGCAGUUGAUUUCGAGCCGCUUCCUAGAAUGUCACCCCUCUGUCUUGCUGUACGAAUGACUCACGGACGGGUUGUCAAGUUGCUAAUAUCCGCAAAUGCAGAUCUCAAUUGGUCAUCAAACGGAAACCCUCAAUUAAAUAUAGCGUGUUCCAUUGGGAGCCUCGAGUCGAUUAAGUUACUUUUAGGAGCUAAAGCAGAUAUCGACUGUAGAGACGAUACUGGCUUGUCGGCGCUCCAAACCGCAGUCUUCUGUGGCCAUCAUGAAAUUGUUCAGGAACUUCUGAGUGCAGGGGCUGACAAAAGCUACCCGGGUGACGAAACUCAGCCUUUAAUCAAAGCCUUAGCAUACGGCUUUUCCAUAUGCUGUCGUGCGCUUGUGGAAGCUGGGGCUCCUACAACAGCUUCAGAAAGCUCUCGCCCUCCAUUGUGGUUUGGUGUUGACCAUUUAAAUAAAAAAAUGUGUGAGCUCUUGCUCAAACAUGGAGCAGAUCCGAACUGGAAAGCUGGGUCGGAUUAUGCACCAAUUUUGACUAGAGCUGUUCAGGGUGGUGGGAAUGUUGAGUUAGUGAAAUUGCUCUUGGACAACGGAGCCGAUAUCAAUGAGGUAGACGAGUCCUCCAAAUUUAAGAACUCUGUGAUUUCAACGGCUGCAGAGUUUGGUUCGACCGAUAUAAUUAAGCUCCUUGCUGAAAGAAAUGCGGACGUCAAUGUCUCAGGAGAUGAGGGCGUCACCCCAAUUUAUCUCGCAGCCCGCUCUAACAAACCGGAAACUGUUCAACUACUACUGGAUUUGGGAGCAAACGUUGAAAUGGAUGAGAAGUUGAAUGCCGGGUGGGGCCCUUUGCUCAUUGCAUUCGACUUUGUUGAAGUUGUGCGUAUUCUCCUACAAAAUGGUGCUGACAUUACUCGAACUUCCUCUGGUGGCAACAUACUUUCUCUCGCCAGCAAAUACAAUGAGAUUGAGGUCGUAAGAGUUUGUCUGCAAUAUAAGCCGGACUUGAAUAUCCGGUACCACCACGCUGCAGCCAGAUCCUACGAGGGCGAUACAGCUUUGACGGCUGCAAUUCGCGGAGGACACACCGAAAUUGUAAGGCUCUUGCUUGAGGCUGGCGCAAAUCUCAAUCAGCGAGGUUACUUGAAUAAAUACCCUUUGCAAUUUGCAUUUACCAACGAGGCUUCCUCUGACGGACCUUUGCGAGCUUUACUUGAAUAUCGUCCUGAUUUGGAUCUCGUUGACGAUGAUGGGAAUACUGCGCUGCAUUUUUUAGGAAGAACGACUCCCUUGACCUGGGUCAAGCUCUUGGUGAACGCCGGAGCCAGUAUAGAAAUCAGCAACAAAAAAUUCAUAACCCCUUUAGGCAUCGCAAUUUUACGUCACAAUACCGAAAUUGUUGAAUAUCUUCUCUAUAAAAAUGCGCAAGUAAAUCUUACGGGUGGAACUUUUGGCACACCGCUUAUUAUUGCUUGUUGGACUGGCGAUUUACCCGUCAUAAAAUGUGUGGUAGAGAAAGGGUCUGGAAUUAAUGUGGACUUAGCAAGUCCGAAUUGGUAUGGUACAGCUUUACAGACUGCCUGUUGCAGCCCAAAAUGUCCAGAUAGUAAUGAAUUUCCCUUGGUAUCAUAUCUCAUCGAUGAUGCUAAGGCGAACAUCAACGCAUACGGCGGAAGAAUAGGAUAUGCAAUCAAUACAGCCUGUCUUUACAACGAUUCUUCACUUGUCAAAUUUCUAUUGGACAGAGGAGCGGAUUCAGAUGUUGCAGAUUGGAUGGGCCGAAAACCGAUUCACCUCGCAGCUCUCCGCACAGUCGACCAUUUCAAUCUACUCUCCGAUGACAAGUUUAUUAAGGCAGAAGACCAACUAAAGAGGAUACCCUUGCACUACGCUGUACUUAGUGGCAAAAUUGAUUUGGUUGCAAUGGUACUUGAGCGCUCGAUAGCUUCCCUAGGCCCAGACGUCGUCAAUUACCCUGACUGUGACAACUGGACACCACUUAUGUGGGCUGCUAGAAUUUGUGGAAGAUGGGAUACAUCAAUAGACGGUCAGCCUGAAAUUAUCGAGCUCUUAUUGUCGAAUGGUGGGAGUCUUUUGGUCGCUCGAUAUUACGGAGCUAGUGAAGAAGUUGUAAAACUUCUGACACCGGAUACCCUAUCCCCAGAUGGUGAGAAAUGGGUCAGAAAACAUCAUACUUCAAGGAAAGCUUCCGUGAAACCUUCUAGAUGGUGUGACGGAUGUCUACUCGUAAUUGUGGGGACAUGGUUUGAAUGCCAAACCUGUUGGGACUUUUAUCUUUGUUUCAAAUGCUACCGAUCAAGAGACACUUUACAGCCUGAUUGUUCUUUCGAGGAGCGUGGUACUGAAUAUGACCCUGAGCCUGAAGCCGAGCCUGAGAUUAAAGAAAAUUCUCUUGAUUAUGAGAACAACGCAACUUUUGCCGAAACUGAGAGUUCUGACGAAGAAAGCGAGGAAGAAAACUCAAGUAAUGGUCUUACGGGAAACAAAGAUGAUAGCAAUGUGGUUGAUUUAAAAGAAUAUGAUGACGAUUCUGGUGAAAUUGACUGAGAUUGAUGGGUUGGUGGCGUAUCUCACGUCAAGUUUCAGGUAGUUUCGAUAUUCUGCUCAUGUACUUGAUGUCAUUAUAGAGCAGUUUCUUUCCUUUGAAUUUUAAGGCUUUGAUAUACAUGUAGGAAUUGCAAUAAGGAAAGCCAGUCUAAGUUAGGGUCGCGAAGAGAC